CAACUCAAGAUUCUGGAACACAUUUCCCAUUAUGAAGUGGGCCUGAAGGUGGGGGUGGAAACACAGCCCCCUGUUCACACUCCACAUCCUCAUAUUCCAGCAGUGAGGGUGGGAUGGUAAGGCUCUCACGGCAUGGCAGGCUGAAGCAACGGGGUAAUGGAGACCCUAGAUAACUGUCUCUCACCCGUAAAGAUCAAAUGAAGAUCCAGGAAUCCCUACGGCCCUCACAGCGAUGAGAAGGAGGUCUCAGCACUCAGAGUGCGAUGGCAUUAUUUCCUCAAGAGGGAACAACUCUUGGAAACUAAGAGAAGAAAGGACAUUCUCCAACAGUGACUUUUUUUCCCCCUGAUCUUAUUUACACCUUAAUAUUGUGAUACAGUAUUUGAGAAUUAACAGGAAAGUCACAAUAGACAUGAGAAACCACCAAAUAGUAUUUGUUUAAAAUUAUCCAUUGUCCAUUAAACAUAGCCAAAAGAAUAAUAAUUACUAAACAUCAAAGUGAACUGUUUUUAAAAAGAACUCUGCCUUGCCUUAAGACUACUUUUCCCAACUGAUCACAGUACAUUCAUUAACAUAGGAAUGUACGGGUGAAAAACUAAAUCAACUCACUAACCAACCUGUAACCAAAAUGCAAUCCCAUAGCAGGCACCUUGCAGUACCUUCAUUAGAUACCAGUAAGAAAGUUCACAACUGUUCAAUAUUGUCUUCUUCCAAGCCUCAGGUCACAGUUUCAGAAGGCUUCUAUAACAGGGCUAUGAGAUCUCCAUUACCCCACUCUAAGUAUCAACCCACACCUGCACUAGACCUCCUUUGGAGAAGUCCACUACGGCCUACUUCUAGAGCCCUCCACUCACAUUUAUCCCACCUCAAACCUCAAACAAAUCCAUCAGACCUCAAUGAGACUUCGUCAGCACUGCAGCUCAGUCAAACAGCCCUAGACUCACCUCUCCCAAAAUUUCAAACCGCAUCUUCAAAUCCAGACCUUUGUUCAACAUCACCUUCACUGAAGUCUAACCAGAGAGAUUCUAGCUCUCAGUUAUCUCACCUCAAAAAUCAGGAAUCAUCCUCCUUUAAUAAUGCCUGGACAUCAUCUCUCUUGGGACCCAACCAAAGAGCAUUUAGCUCAACAUUACUUGAGUCUAAAUCUCAGAAAACUUCAUUAGAACGCAUUUGGACAUCUUUAAUGGAACGCAAUCAAAGAUCUUUGAGCUCACCAGUACUUGGCAUCAAAUCCCAAUCAAAUGAAUAUUUUCAAACUUCUCCUUCCUUGGAGACUAAUCAAAUGUCACCUGACUCCAGAUCUCCCCAAAAAACUGUAUUGGUUUCUAGUCGCAAUGAUCUGAGUCUACCACUGUCCAAUUCAAAUUUAAGAAAACCACUGUUAUCACAUUCCAUCCACCAGUGUCAGAGUUUGCCUUUGUUCCAGUCCAAAUCCCCGUCAACAGCUACCCUAGAUCCUUACUUCCGGACACGCAGCUCACCGCAUUUUCUCUCAAAAUUUCAGGAUACUGCUGUACCAAGUGACAAAUCCAUAGCCACAGAUCAGCCUUCAACCCCUGUCAAGUCAAAUGUCUCAGGCCAUUUAUCCUCAAGCUCCAAAUAUUGCAUCAAGAACAUAUCUGCUUCAGCACUGAGUUACAGACUCCAGAGUAAAAGCAGUUUUGAUUUUGAUGCAAAUUCAGAAUCAAAGAAAGAAAUCCUGUGGACUAUAGACUGUAGUCAGCCCUGCAUUGUUAAAGGUGGACCUGUCCCUGAUGAUGUUGUAAAUAAAAUUAUCAAUUCUAUCUCCAAGUCCACAAUCCAGAGGGAUCUUUGUAGGCAGAUUCUGUUUCGAAGGAUGAGAGGAAAGCCAAAUCCUCGUCCUGGCCCCCGCCUUUCAACGACUUACAUGGUUUGUUUAGCUUGUGCUUCCUGCAUAAAAACUCAGUGUGAACAUCUUAGAGGAAAGAAAGAUCCACGUUGUGCAACACUCUUCGUCAUACCAACACCAGAGACUACUUCUGAGGGGAAAAUAGAGGUGAAACUCGUUUUUAUUCUUUCUAUACCAGAGACUCACUUAUCCUCUGGUCUCUCAUUCAUUAUGAAAGGAAGUCAGACCGAUGAAGUACCUGACGACAACCUAGAAGGAAUGGAGAAAAUACAACAGAUUUUCCCCACGUCUGAAUCUGAUAUCAUCCAGGACCUUAAUAUGAAGAAAAAAUGUUUGACAGUAGCCCUUGAAAACAAAGUUACAAACCAACAGUCUCCGGCUGUAGACUGGCUCUUUUAUGUUAAGAAAAGUAGUUCUCAGCCACAAUCCCAGCUCCCACGACCUUCUUCCUCCUCCUCCUCCUCUUCUUCCUCCUCAGCUUCUUCCCCAUCUUCUUUAGCCUCUUCUUCAUCUUCUUCAUCUUCUUCCUCUUCUGCCUUGCCCCUAUCAGCUGUUCCUUCCUUGCAUUCCAUCAAACCUGCUAGUUCAAGUUGUAAACUCACUAAAGUGCUUAGUUAUCACCGGUUGCCUCCAGGGGUCUCUUGGCUUGAGUUUAUACGUAGUAGAGAUCACCAACCACACCUUGGAAAACGAAAUCAAAAUCAAUCACCAUUUCCCCCCAAAAAAUCUGUGAGGCAUAGCACCAAGUCCAAAAGGAAAAAGGAAUCAAACGUGCUACUCAAAUUUCUCCAUACAAAGUUUCAAAAUGAGAAAUCCUGAUUAAACUAACUUUUGUGUCUUU